GUAUUCGUUAUAUGUUUUUUAGGUGAAAAGUUUUCAGAAAUUGUGGGAAGCCCUUAUUACAUGGCUCCUGAAGUACUGAAGAGGAACUAUGGACCAGAAAUCGACAUCUGGAGUGCUGGCGUUAUCUUGUAUAUUUUACUAUGUGGGGUUCCUCCAUUUUGGGCUGAGACUGAACAAGGUGUUGCACAGGCUAUUCUUCGCGGAAAUAUCGAUUUUAAACGGGAACCCUGGCCUAAUGUUUCAGAAAAUGCUAAAGAUUUAGUUCGACGAAUGUUGGAACCUGAUCCCAAGCUCAGGUUAACUGCAAAGCAGGUUCUUGAGCACCAUUGGCUUCAAAACGCUAAGAAAGCUCCAAAUGUUCCUCUUGGAGAUAUUGUCAAGUCAAGGCUCAAGCAAUUUUCUAGGAUGAACAGAUUCAAAAGAAGAGCUCUAAGAGUUAUCGCUGAUCAUUUGUCUGCUGAGGAAGUUGAGGACAUAAAGGAGAUGUUCAAGGCAAUGGAUACUGAUAAUGAUGGUGUUGUCUCUUGUGAAGAACUGAAGAGUGGAAUAGCAAAAUUUGGUUCUCAUCUUGCAGAAUCAGAAGUGCAGAUGCUUAUUGAAGCUGUGGAUACAAAUGGCAAGGGAGCACUGGAUUAUCCCGAAUUUCUAGCAGUUUCUCUUCAUUUGCAACGGAUGGCGAAUGAUGAGCACCUUAGGCGGGCUUUCCUGUUCUUCGACAAGGAUGGCAAUGGUUACAUCGAGCCGGACGAGCUUCGAGAGGCUCUAAAGGAUGACGGGGCAGCUGAUGGCAUGGAAGUGGUGAACGACAUAUUGCAGGAAGUCGACACUGAUAAGGAUGGCAAGAUCAGCUACGACGAGUUUGUAGCAAUGAUGAAGACAGGCACGGACUGGAGAAAGGCAUCACGGCAUUAUUCCAGAGGGAGAUUCAACAGCCUUAGCAUAAAGCUUGUAAAGGACGGAUCCGUGAAAUUGGGCAUUGAGUGAGGCCGUGGUGCUAAAUCUGUGCGUGUAGUUAGGCAUUUGGGCCCACUGAGCAGAAACUCCUUUAAUUUUUUUCUUGUGAUGAUUAUUUUGCGUGGAAAUUUAGAUAGGUGGACACCCAUCUGAUUGGCUUACCUUUGUAAUUAGCUCUCCUGUAUCGUUGUCAAUUGUAAGCAGUGAAUGAUGAUGUAUCAAAGGGUUUACUCUUGUACCCUCCGGUCAAAAAUACGUGUGAUUUGCUA